AUGGAAUGUGGUUGCAGUGAUAAUAACGAUAUCAGUUCUUGUUGCGAUGACCGCAAAGCAGUUGUUAGUUGCAAUGUUAGCAUCGACAAUCCUACAAGCAGAAUGCUUAUUUUAGCUGUUAUAUGUCUCAUUGUCACUAUUCAGCUCGCUCUCUCUUGUGGUUCUUAUUCUGGCUAUGCAACUCCACCGAUGUAUGGUGAUUAUGAAGCUCAAAGACAUUGGAUGGAAAUUACGUAUCAUUUGCCAAUUAGUCAGUAUGUAAAUAGUAGUGAUAAUGAUCUUAAUUACUGGGGUUUGGACUAUCCACCUCUCACUGCUUAUCAUAGUUGGUUGCUUGGAACAUUAGCAAACAAAUUUAAUUCCUCUUGGGUUGAAUUACACAUGUCAAGAGGAAUAGAAGCAGAGUUUCACAAAUUCUUCAUGCGAAUGUCUGUUUUAGUAACUUAUUGGAUAGUUUAUGCUCCAUCUUUACUACUUUCAAUCGGCUUCUUUCACAAUUUAAGGUCUUUAAAAAUGCUCAGUUAUUGCACAAUAGCUUUACUUUAUCCUGGAUUAUUGUCUAUGGAUAAUGGCCAUUUUCAAUAUAAUCACAUGUCGCUUGGUUUAUUCCUCUUUUCAUUUGCUUGUUUCGUUUCAAAUUUUCUCAGACUCGGAUCAGUUUUUUUUAUUUUGGCCAUUAAUUUUAAGCAAAUGGAGUUGUACCAUGCAUUACCUAUUGCCAUGUAUUUAUUAUCGAGAUGUUUUUUAAACAACAUUGGGUUUAGUACAUUUGAAAGGUACUUUUCUUUGGCCAGUAGCUUACUCAUGCUAUUCAUUACUGCCAUAAUGACUAUGAUCCUUGUUUGGCUUCCUUUUCUUAUCACUCAUUCUGAUUUGUUCCAAAUUUUGCAUCGUAUAUUUCCUUUUUAUCGAGGGCUUUUCGAGGAUAAAGUAGCAAAUUUUUGGUUUGCUGUUAAUGUUUUUUUCAAGAUUAAAGAAAAUUUCGAAUUAUCGUCCCUGUUACGCUUAAGCGCAGUGGCAGUUAUGAUUACGAAUAUUCCUUGUCUUUUAUGUAUAUUUUAUCAUCCAUCUGUGGUUCAUGAAAAAUCAAUCCUUUUUGUAGCCAUACCCGCGAUAUUAUUAUGGAAGGAAAAUUCAGUUUUCAUUUCUUGGUUAUUAAUCAUUUCAAAUGCAAGCUUGUAUCCAUUAUGUAUAGUAGAUGGGAAUGCCACUCAUUUAUCAUUAUUUGUACUUUAUUAUCUUAUCGCAAGUUCGUCAUUUGCGCAACUUUCAUUGAGCAAGCGGCUGGUCGUUCACGGAAGUUGCUUGGGUUCGUUGAUCUUGUGCUUGGCAAGCCUACUGUUCUCACCACCAAAACGAUAUCCUCACAUUUUUUCACUUCUAGUGGCAGUUUACUGUUUCUGUCACUUUAUGCUAUUUUUUUUGUAUGUCAAUAUAAUAACUGUCAAGCCGAUAUUUAAGAAAAAAGAUGAAUAG